AUGGAGAUGAAACCAAAGACAGCUGAAUUUUGGAUGGUAAUUUUCCUCUACCUGCUCCCUAAUUGGAAAUUGGAGGCGGAGGCCAAGAAUAAUUUUGAGCUGCAAACGGAUAAUUUUACAUGCAGCAGCGAUGAUAUUAGUUCAAGUGUCCUCAAGGAGUUCACUUGUGGCAUAAGCAAAAGUACCAAACGCCGCACUUGGCACAUGGAAUUCGUACUCGAACAACCUGUUGCCGAACAUGAUUUCUUCAUAAAAAUCGUCCUGCCGCGCAGGAGACCUCUACCGGAUUUCGUCCUGCUCAAUGUGACCACCGAUGGCUGUCAGUUACUCGCGAAUCGCAAUCAAGUGCCCCUUAUGCGCCUGGGCCGGAAUAUCAUGGAGCGUUUCAGCAACUUUCCCAAACAGUGUCCUUUCAAGCCAAACUUUACCUACUACAUUAGGGGAUUUCGCCUGGACCUGAACCUUGUGCCCGCCGUGGACAUGGAGACGCCAGUUCAAAUCGAGUUCAGUCAUCAGAACAAACAGCAGGGAAUCAGGUGGAUUACCGGUUAUCUGAUGGCACGUGUUCAACGGAUUAGCGAGAAAAAACGGUCCAAGUAA